GAAGUCAUGAGAGAGACCUGUGGAUGUUUGAGCAGUGAGGGGCGUCAGACGAGGAGACCAAGGGUAGAGCCCCUGCUGCUAUCGUUUCUCACUCUGUCAGUCCGUCUCCUCUGGGAUUAGUAUCAUCGCUGGUGCUGGCAAGUUGUGGGAAUAACCAGGAGCUCGUCCCCUUAAAUAUGGCACAGGUUCAGAAGAAAACCAGUACGGUGUCCUUGACCAUCUCUUCGUGCACCAGAGAGGCCACCUCUUCAUCCACAGUCACCCAGCAGAACCCAAGCCUGGCCCAGCCCCUGUGUACCAAGCCUGAGAGGACCUUGAGCCCAUCAUGCAGUCCCCAGACUGGAGUGGCCCCCACAUUUGUAAAGGGUCUUCAUGAUAUGAGUACAUUGAAGGGCCAUCUGGCGGUUCUGGAAUGUCGUCUUCGUGGAACACCCCCACUACAAGUCCUUUGGUACAGAGAGGAUGAGCAGAUCGUGGACUCUGCUGACUUCCGCGUCCUAAGGAAGAAAGCGAGUUCAACUUCUGUACCAGAAGAAUUGUGUACCUUGGUCAUCACUGAAACCUUACCCGAAGAUUCUGGAAUAUUCAAAUGUAUUGCUGGAAAUCAAUUUGGGACAAUCUCCUGCAGCUGCUUUCUGGAGGUGUACACAGACAUGGAGACGGUGUUGGCAGAUGAAGAGGAGGUUUUUCCGGAGCCCGCUGAUGCAGAGCUUGAUGACUAUCCCUUUAUGCUACAAGAGCCAGCUGGAAUUCCACCACCAAAAUGGCAGGAAAGCCCAAAUGAGAUGAGCCCAAUGCUGCCCUCCGAGUCAGAGGAUGAAAGUACAGACAUGCCUUUCAGAGCUACUACAGAACAAACAAACUGCUCUGUGGGUCAAGUGUCCUCCACAGCUCCCCAUACUCCCAGCUCCCCUCCGUCAGUUGAAAUAAAAAACAGUCUGCCCAAACCGUUCACUCCUCCUUGCCAGCUAAAUACUCUGGAUAUAUCCAGUGGCAGCAGGAGUGUUGCCAAUCUACCUGCAUUCUUACCCUCACUCUAUCCACCCAGUGCUUUCAAUUACGCGAGGCCAAGCCACUUCCUUCAAUCUAAGUCGAACUUGAAGCCCCCAGAUCAUGUACAGGCCAACAUCAACACUCAAGCAUCUCCAGCUCCCUCCUCCUCCUCGCCAUGGCUGGUAGCUUCAAAACCCGCCCCGUCCUCCUUUAUGACACCUCCCUCCCACACCGUAUCAUCCACUAAGUGUUCCAGUGAGACAGUCCUCUCCAGAGUUUCCAGUGCCCAGCUGGGUGACAAGCCUUCUCCAAAAGACUCUCUCUGCUCAGGUCUACCUUAUCAGACUAGCUCACAGACCAUCAAUAUUCUUCCAGCACCGAGGGAUCACUCAUUACCCCUAAGGUGCUCUCCACCUUCUCCAGACCGUGCUCCCCAAUCCACAGCACUAAGCUGUCAAACAGCAUGUCAAACCACACCAGUCUCCACGCUGCAAGUGAGUUCAUCUCCAGCACCCUCCAGGAUCUCUCCAACGCUGCCCAGGACCAUGAGCCCACCACAGCAGAAAUCAUACAUUUCCCUACCAGUGGGAUAUAACCAAGGAACCCCUAAUGUCUUCCCUAAACCAAUCUUAAAGAAGAGCGUGCCCCGGCCUGUCUCCCAGUCCACCGAUGAGGAGAUCCAAGGCUCAAAGGAUGCGCUCAUACAGGACCUGGAGAAAAAACUGCGCUCCAAAGAAGCACGGAGAAGAAGCAGCCAGAAACUAUCCUAUGAGGAACGCAUGGCUCGUCGAUUGCUGGGCCCCGAUAAUGCUGCCUAUGUCUUUGAUGUGGAGAACUCAUCUGGUCCACAGCAAGAACAGCCUGACUCUGCAGAGAGACGGCACGUGGGUGGAAUAUGGAGCAAACAGCAGCCUGGCAGCGAUGGGAAUGAGGGGGCUGCUACCACCCAAGAGAAGUGUUACGCCCCAAGGUUCCUGCAGGUUCCCCAGGACCUCACCAUGGAGGAGGGAAGGUUCUGUAGGAUUGACUUCAAGGUUGUUGGCCUGCCGGCACCUGAUGUGGCAUGGUAUCUGGAUGGGAAAGCCAUUCGUCAGGAUGACUACCACAAGAUGCUGGUGAGUGAGAAGAGCAUCCACUCGUUCAUCAUCGAGAUUGUGACGGCUCACCACGCAGGCAUCUAUGAGUGUGUAGCCAAAAACAGGGCUGGCGAGAGUCGCUUCUCCCUACGGCUCGAUGUACUUGCACAGGAGCUGAUUCGCCCUCCCAGUUUCGUGAUGAGAAUGCAGAACCUACGCGUGACGGAGGGGGACAUGGUGCGCCUGGAGUGCCAGGUGUCGGCCUCCCCGCCGCCACAACUCUUCUGGAAGAAGGACAAAGAGAUGCUGCGCAUUGACCCAAGCAGAAUGAGCCUUACCGAGGACCACUCAGGUAAACUAUGCCUACUCAUCGACCAGGUGAAGAAAACAGAUGCAGGCUGGUACACUGUGUCUGCCAUCAAUGAAGCUGGCAUGUCCACUUGCAAUGCCAGACUGGAUGUGGCAGCUCGCUUGAAGAAGCCUCCAUCUCAUGUGAAGCCAGUUAAAAUGGACCCCAUUUUCAACCGCUUAUCUACUAUGGCCCUCGACAGCUCCAUUCAUCACACCGCCCCCCUGUAUGAGAGUGAAGAAUUAUAAACAAAAGGCUUUUCUAGA